AUGCCGGCCGUCAAGACGGCCACGGCGGGCGCUACAGCGGCCGCCUCGACAACCACCCGUUUGACACGUACACGACGAGCCGCCGCGACCGCGACCGCCGACGCCGACUCGCUCGCCAGCGACCUCGAUCGUGUGCUCAAGGUGUCCCAGCCCGCACCCCAGCCCAAGGCACCCACGAGGCCGACCUCUGUCGCACCGACCAAACGCACCGUUUCAGCCUCCAAGGUCACCACCACAGCAGCUACCAAGACCGCCACUGCCAAACCCGCUCCUGCUCCGCGCGCUGCAUCGACCACAGCGGCCCGAGCGGCGGCGACGAAGGCUGGAGCCAAGGUCGGGGCCGCCAGCGCCAGUGGAUCCGCCGCCCUGGCACCUUCCUCGGCGCCGACUCGCACCCGCGUCAGGACGACAGCGGCGGCCACCACCGCAGCACCCACAGCGACGGGCACAAGGGCCAAGGCCAAGGCCACCAAGCCCACUGAGCGCGAGCCCCCAGCACCAGUUGAGGCCCAGCCCGAGCUGCCGUGGGUCAAGGCCGGCGCGAUGAGUGCGCGCGAGCGCGCCCAGGCGGCCCAGCAGGCUAGCAACGAGGCGCUCCGCACGCUCAUCGAGGCGCUGAAGGCUGGGUUCAAGUACUCGACGCCGCCUGCCAAGGCGGCGGCCGCGACCUCGGCUCCUGCCAUCACACAUAAACAGGUUGACGAGGCCCUGCGGCACGGUAUGGCGGCGGUCAACGUCCUCCGCGAGCUCUAUGGCGGCGUCAAGACCGGCCCGCAGCGCCUGGCCGUCGAGCGCGGUGCGUUCAACAUUGUGUUCAAAUGCGUGUGCAUGGAAAUGCACAAACAGGCCUUGUUGGCGCUUGGUGCUGCAAAGCCCCAUGUUGUUGGGCUGUACAGCAAUAACGGUAUGGACCAGGCCCCUGCGCCGUCCACCGCGACUUCUGGCUCGGCAAAGCCCAAGACUCCACCCGUCGUGCGGCCCGAGUGGCGUGACCUCGCCAUCUUCCCUCGCCCCACCGACGAUGUGGACGAAGCCGUGCGGACCCUCGUGUGCAACUUCUCGUUGGCAACUUGGAGCUGUCUCCUGUCCCUCGAGGGUAUGGACGCCGACACUGUCUCGAGCUUCCUCGCCAUUCCUUCCACAACCCCCGAUCCACUGAGCCCCUUUGUCCUCGCACCGUCCCUCCCAGCCACAGCUGUUGGCUCACUAGCUGUCAUCCUCUACCGUCGUGCGUCGGCCAUACCCAGCACCCCAGCCACGCGGCCUUGGCUGUUGUUGCGGGAGGUCACCGCUUUUGCGACUGCCAUUGCCGCGUCGGAGCAGUCACCCACCAACGCGCCGUCCAAGGUCUGGUCGUCGGUCGGGCGUACCGUCCAGCUCGCCCUCGAGGCGCAGGCCGACGACGCUUGGCGAAAGGAGGUGGCCGCGUCCAUCGAGCGCAUGGUCGACAUCAUGGAACGACUCGUGGCGUCCCGUCAAGCCGACCGGUCGACCUGGUUUGGUGGCGUGUGGCCCAAGGUCGCCGACCUGUGGAUCGGUAUUGGUCGUAACCUCAAUGACUCGGCCAUCAUCGACAGUGCGCUGGCUGCCGCGACGGCUGCAGCGUCCAUCUCCAGUGGAAGUGCUGUUUCUGCGCCAAGCUCGUCUGCUUCGAGCUCACCCGCCUCGACUGCUCCCUCCACCCCGGUCUCGGUCACCUCGGCGCGAUCCCUUAGCCGUGCCGUCAAGACUGUCCGCAAGAUUGACAAUGCUGGUGCUGAGACUUUGCGCAUCUGCGCGUCGCUGGCAAAGGCCCUCGUGGAGGCUGCGGCGUUGGCUAAACUCGACUCACCGCCUGCCGACACACUCCAGGCUGUUCUGGAAGGUAUCGAGCUCGAUAACCUCCUAGCAGCCCUGUGCAGCGUGGAGCCAAGUGACGAGUACGCAACUAUUGCGGACGCAUUGCGCGCUGUGGAACGUGUCCGUCGUGUUGUCGUCAAACUCAUCGACCGCCCUGCCUUGUCACCUAUUGCACGACAAUGGCUCCUUGACCAGAUCACAUUCUUCGAGGGCCUCCUCGUUCAGAGUGACGACAAGGCACGUGGCCAGAACGUCGUGCGUGACUGCCUCCUUGGCGUCGUGGACUCGACCCAGAACCUCGCACGCGCCUGGGACCCGGCAGCAGACGAGCUGUUCGUCGUUUCUCUCCUCGACCGCGUCUACGCGCUCUGCGAGACUUGCUCGAUGCAUGCGGCUGCGGCCCGCCUGCAGUACUUGGCCUGCCUCACGCAGACGGACCAGAUUGCGGCCAUCCGUCUUCUCCGCAUAAACGCCAAAGCGAGGGCGGCACCGCUGGCCCGUCGUGCGUGUACUUGGUCCGUGGCCAUUCUCGACAGCUGCGGCGACGACCGCGAGGUCGCGGCUCAGACGCCGGCGUGGCGGUCCAUCGAGAGCGCUCUGCAGAAGCGGUUUGACUUGCUGGGAAUCUGUCUCCACGACAGUGACAAGAAUGCUGCCCUCGUCGCCUACGCCCAGAGCUUGGCGUACAUCGACAUUGCCACAGUGCAGAAGAUUGAGUCUGCCAUUGCGUCGACCCCCGUGUGUGCGGUUUUUGCCAGUCUCGACGACUACAACGUCUCGCUCAAGCGCUGCACGGCGCUCCUCACCCAGGACGACCCUCUCGACACCGACUUUGCCGCUGUGCUCUUCGCCGAGCUCGCUUCCCGCAACCUGUCGACGGCGGUUCGUGGUGCCAUUGCGGAACGUGUCAUCGAGUCGCUCGAGCAGGCGCAGUUCCGCCCCCAUGUCCAGACUACCAUUGUCGCGCUCGUCGAUGGGGCGCUUGCGCUCUAUGACGCGGCGACUUAUCCACUUCGUCGCAUGCGUGUGUGCGUGCGUUUGCUGUCCCUCAUCGCAGCCAGCGGUGCCGUUCCAGAACGGUUCAACUCUGUCGGCAACGAAGUGGACUCGCUCGCUCAGAAGGGGUUCAACAAGGACGGCGAACUCGCAUGCUUCAAAGCCGAGUAUCACGCUUCCGCCCUCGUCCUCCGCGCCUUGAAUGCGUAUCACUCGGAAACCGAGCCGUCCACUGCUGUCGCUGAUCUGGGCCACGCUGCUCUGCGCGCAAUUUCCGCCACGGUGCUUCCUCCGGUGCGGACAUCCCAGUUCCCCGCCGCCACUGGCAGGCGUACUGCCUCGCGUACCGUGUCGAGCAGCAGUGCGGCCGCUCGUACUACGUCUCGCUCGACCAAGACUGCCACGUCCGCUCCAGCAAGGACCCGCGUAACCAAGGCCACCGCUACCAAGACAGCAACAGCAGCUGCCAAGGGCAGUCCAGCCAAGUCGACCACUGCCGCGCAGCCUCCUCAAGCCCUGCGUACUGACAGUUUAGAACGUUUGAGCCAGCUCCUCAAUGCCUUGUCUUCCCUGUUCGGUCUCCUCGGACAUGUGCUCCCCAAACUCGAGACUCUGAAGGUGCUCCGCGCCUUGCAGCGCCACAACGAUGGCACAGUCGAUGGUGAGCUAGACCGCUCGCCGUACGGUCGCCUGGGCAAGUACUCUCGCGCCUCUGUGGUGUUCGCGCACGCGAUCAAGCAGGCCAGCGACGAGAAGAGCCCCGCAUCCAUCGAGACUCGCGCCGACCUCCACCUCUCCUAUGCACGCUUCCUCGCUGUCUCGGGCCACGUCGAGAAUGCUCGGGACGAGUACCUCGAGGCGGAGAAUUUGGCGACCAUGAUUGCCGACCCGGUGCCGGCUGGAUCGUACGCGGCGCGCUGGAUCCAGCUGUGUGCUGUCAAGCAGCGUAUUGCGCUCUCGCACUCGGCACUGGCGGCUAUCCGAUUGGCAGAAGGGGACGUAACAGCAGCUAUCAACAGCCUUACUAUUGCCUACCGACUCUGGUGCCGAGCGGCACACGGCAUCUCACAUAUUGCUGCUGCCGCCCAGUCCGAACAGGUGCAGGAGGAGACGGAGGUCAAGGAGGCCGCCGCGCCAGCGGACCCCAAGGCCAAGAAGCCUCAAGCGUUCGCCCUCGAGGGCAAGCACCUCACGGGCUUGCAGUGGCAUUACGCCGAGGCGCUUUUCGACUCUGCCAUCGAGCUCGUCAACGCCACUGCCCAGCGCGGUUCCGUCAAGGAGAGCGAGUACUUUAUCCGCAUGGCGCGCGGGAUGGUGCCCUCGAUGCGUUCCUCGGCUCUCGACGCCAGGGUCGCCUCCCACUCUGCUGAACUGGAGACACGUCAGCUGCAUUUCGAAAAGUCUGCAGAAGAGCUGGAGCGUGCUGCGGGCAUUCUAACAGUGACUGACGGGCCCGACGCGAUCGAGAUUCGGCGUAUGCGCGGCGAGCUGUUUUCACGCCAACAAGAGGCACCCGAGGCCGACGAGCAGUUCAUCUUGGCUGUUGAGAACAUUGUCGGCCUUGACACCGAGUUUGUCACUGUCGAGGAACAGUCUCGCAAGGACAGUGUCGGCGCGGCGGCAUCCUCCAGGGAGCCACUACUCCCCCAUGUGCUCAGCCAGGUCCUGCGUCAACGUGCUUGGCUCCUCCACGAGGCUGGUAUUGUUGACGAGUACGAGUCUAUCCGUGAGCAGCUCGACCUCAUCCCGGCCUCGGCCGGCACCAAGGCGCAGCAGCAGCUCCUCGAGGCCAGGGUGGCGAUGCAAGACGCCUUUGGCAACUUCAAGACCGACCUGUUCAUGAGCUCGUUGACCGAGUCGACCAUUGCCAUGACCAUGGGCUCGCCCGACAAGCGCGCCAAGGAACGCCAGUCGACUCGCCACGGCGCACAGGUUCUGCUGGAGCGCGCGGCCCAUGCGUUCCGCGACACCCUCGCCAACGUCGCUGCCACCGGCCGUGUCGAGGACGUCCGUCAGGCUUGUGUCUCGUUGGCGCUCCUCGGCGCAUUCCAGACCUCGCUCGGGCAAGGCUCAGCUACCACCACCGCGUCGGCAGCGGGCAUGCUUGCCUCUAUCCCGUCUCUCACUCUCGAGAGGGAGCUCCUUCCGGCCAUCGACAGCAAGUUCCCCAAUGCCGAGGCGGACGACAUGGACUGGCCAUCUCUGGAACCCCAGACCUGGGAGAGCGACGACCCCAUGCGGCCAUACUGGGACAACAUUCGUGCAAAGUACGCCACCAGCACGGUGCUCCAUACCGAGCAUGACCUCAGCGGCCUGCCUGCCAACUGGGCCGUGGUGAGCAUUACCGUCACGGACGACCGCAACACGAUGCUCGUAUCGCGCCAUCAGAACGGCCACGAGCCCAUUGUCUUUUGCAUCCCUCUCGACCGCCAAGGCCGACGCGAGGGCGAGGACGAGAGCGAGCUGUUUACGUUCGACGCGGGCAUCACCGAGCUUGGCGAGAUCAUGGCGGCCAACGACGAGCAGAUCAAGGGCAUCAAGAACCUCAAGCACGAGGACCGUCCGGCAUGGUGGGAGCACCGCAAGGGCUUGGACGCGCGUCUCGGCGAGCUCCUCGCGUCAAUCGAGUUUUGCUGGCUGGGCGCGUUCAAGACCGUCCUCAACCCGCGCAUGAAGAUUGAGCCCAAGGCAUUUGACGCGUUCCGCGACCGCCUGGACCGUAUCUUCCAAGCCGCACUGUCCAGUGCUGGCUCGGAGAUCCGCAAGGGUGCCCGCGUGCGCCUCAACGACGAGCUGCUCGCGUGCUUUGCCACGCUGUCGUCGCAGUGCAAGGACGAGGAAGUCGAGGACCUGGUCUACUUUGUGCUCGACCUGUACCAGUUCCACGGCAUUGCCGUCGCGCUCGCCGAACUCGACUUUGACCAGAUUGGCGUCGACGUCAAGAGCGCCAUCAUCGACCUCGAAAUCGCCAUGGGCAUCACGCACCCGGUCGAGAGCGACGAGCACCUCCUUCUCGCGCUGGACAAGAACGUCCAGGGCAUCCCAUGGGAGUCCAUCCCCAGCCUCCGCGGCAGGGCCGUCAGCCGUAUCCCGUCCCUCCCGUUCGUCCUCGACCAGAUCGCCCUCGGUCAGCACUGCGGCGUCGACUCGGCCCACCGCACGUUUGACCGUUCCAAGACGAGCUACUUCCUCAACCCAAGCGGCGACCUUGUCGGCACCCAGAAGCGUUUCGAGGAGCGGCUGACCGGACUCGAGAAGAAGGGAUGGAAGGGCAUUGUCGGCCGCGUCCCGAGCCAGGCCGAGAUGGCCGACGCACUGCGCGAGUCCGAGUUUGUCAUCUACUACGGCCACGGCGGUGGUGAAGAGUACAUUCGCGGGCUGGACGUGCGCGCGCUCCCGCGGUGCGCCGUCACGAUGCUGUGGGGCUGCUCGUCGGGCCUGCUGCGCGACUAUGGCGACCUCGACCGCACCGGCACGCCGUGGGACUAUGUGCUUGCCGGAUGCCCGUGUUUCGUCGGCAACCUCUGGGACGUGACGGACAAGGACAUUGACCUGGUCACGGCGCUGGUGAUGGAUGACCUGGGCCUCGACGCCGAGCACGUCGACGGCCACGAGCGCACGGGCGUCUCGGUCGUGCAGGCCGUGAGCGCCGCCCGGCCAAAGGCAAAGCUCAAGUACCUCACGGGCGCGGCGCCGGUGGUGUAUGGUGUGCCCGUGUAUCCCGCCUAA